AUGAGUCAUGUGGCGGUGGAAAAUGCGCUCGGGCUGGGCCAGCAGUUUGCUGGCCUAGACCUGAACUCUUCAGAUAAUCAGAGUGGAGGAAGUACAGCCAGUAAAGGGCGCUAUAUUCCUCCUCACUUAAGGAACAGAGAAGCUACUAAAGGAUUCUACGAUAAAGACAGUUCAGGGUGGAGUUCUAGUAAAGAUAAGGAUGCAUACAGUAGUUUUGGGUCCCGCAGUGAUUCAAGAGGGAAAUCUAGUUUCUUCAGUGAUCGUGGAAGUGGAUCAAGGGGCAGGUUUGAUGAUCGUGGACGGAGUGACUACGAUGGCAUUGGCAGUCGUGGUGAUAGAGGUGGCUUUGGCAAAUUUGAGCGUGGUGGAAAUAGUCGCUGGUGUGACAAAUCAGAUGAAGAUGAUUGGUCAAAACCACUUCCACCAAGUGAACGCUUGGAACAGGAACUCUUCUCUGGAGGCAACACUGGGAUUAAUUUUGAGAAAUACGAUGACAUUCCAGUUGAGGCAACAGGCAACAACUGUCCUCCACAUAUUGAAAGUUUCAGUGAUGUUGAAAUGGGAGAAAUUAUUAUGGGAAACAUUGAGCUUACUCGUUACACUCGCCCGACUCCAGUGCAGAAGCAUGCUAUUCCUAUUAUCAAGGAAAAAAGAGACUUGAUGGCUUGUGCCCAAACAGGUGGCUAUGGAGGCUUCUACAACAGUGAUGGAUAUGGAGGAAAUUAUAACUCCCAAGGGGUUGACUGGUGGGGUAACUGA